AUGGCUUCCACGGCCCACGUCAAACACAUGGCACGCAGAGGUGGAAUCAUAUCGACUCCUUCCUGCUCUUACUCUACCCUUGCAAAGGCUCUUGGCACUCGUCCGCUCAGUCGGCGCACUCCUGGUCAAGCUCGAGAGUUGAGCCACUCCCGGCUUCGCUCAAGCUGGUGGCCUGCUGGAGCUGAUGCAGUUGCCUCCUCAUCCGCUUCCACCGUCGCUGCAAAGGCCUUGACCUCGCUCCCCUCGCCACCACGCAGCAAAACGAUCGCCGACCUGGAAUCGCUCAAAGCCAACAACACUCCCAUCGUCUGUCUCACAGCUCACGACUUUCCCACCGCUCUCUCCAUCCGUUCCUCGGACAUUGAUCUCUGCCUGAUCGGUGACUCGCUCGCCAAUGUUGCUCUCGGUUACACCUCUACCCAGCCUCUCUCCCUAGAUGCUAUCAUCCACCACUGCAAAGCGGUCAAACGCGGUCUCGACGCACCCCUCUUCUACGCUGCUAGCCUCCUCGAGCAUGUAGACCUGCCACAACCGCCUCUUGUCAUUGCAGACAUGCCUUUCGGUGCCACUUUUGGCUCGCUCGAUAACGCUGUAGCUGCUGUCGUUCGCCUCAUCCAAGAAACCGGUGUCGACGGCGUCAAGAUCGAGGGCUCCUAUGAGCUUGUUCCCCUCAUCAAGCGCCUUACCCACCACGGUAUUCCGGUCAUGGGUCAUCUUGGCCUCCAACCCCAACGUGUAGCCUCCACCUCCGGCUAUCGUGUCCAGGGCAAGACUGCUUACCAAGCCAAAGACAUGCUCGACGCUUCCCUCGCUCUCCAGCAAGCAGGCUCUUUCUCCAUCGUGCUGGAAUGCAUCCCCACCCGUGUCGGAGAGCUUAUUAGCCAGCGACUGCACAUCCCAACCAUUGGCAUUGGUGCAGGCAGUAAGACGGAUGGUCAGAUCUUGGUCAUGAAUGAUAUGAUUGGCGAUCUCACUGGUGCUGCCCAUGUCUUGGCUGCCUUGGCUCCCGCUCCUUCCCAGCCGCAAUCGCAAGUCAAGACAGGGCGCCAAGUGGCAACAAUGCCGAUCACUAGUUCGCUCACACCAACACCACCCCGAUUCGUAAGAAACUUUAGUCAACCCUCAACCACUUCCAUCGGCGCACUUCGAAUCGCUGCUGUACAAGCCUACACCCAAGCAGUGCGCCAUCGUUCUUUCCCAGACGACAACAGCGAGGCCUACAAGAUGAACGCCGCUGAAUGCAAGGCUUUCCUAGAACUCGCUCAAUCUUAA